AUGGUGGACAAAGCAGUGGAUGUUUUGGCGAACCUUGCAACAAUUCCUGAGGGAAGAAAUGUGAUUGGUCAGCAAGGAGGGAUCCCUGUUUUGGUGGAAGUUGUUGAGUUGGGUUCUACCAGAGGGAAAGAGAAUGCAGCUGCUGCUCUUUUGCAGCUUUGCACGAACAGUAAUAGGUUCUGCAACAUGGUGCUUCAAGAAGGUGUUGUGCCCCCAUUAGUGGCGUUGUCACAGUCAGGAACUCCCAGGGCUGUAGAGAAGGUAAAACUGUUUUGGUUUUUUUCUUUUGAAUUUUGUUUGGCAUAUAUGCUAAAAUAA